AUGGAUAAAGAAUAUUUUCUGCAUAAAAUGGUAUUAUCUCCUCCAUUUUUAUUUCGUAGAUUAAAAGGAAAUUUAAAAUAUGAGGGUCGAAGGAAUAUUCCGUGUCUACCGAUAUGCUGUAAUCUUAAAUUGCAUAAAUUAGAAUGUACAAAUAAACAGUAUAAACACUGUAAAAUAUUAGGAUAUAAUUUUAAUGGAAUGACAAAGACAUCUACUUUUCAUACUAAAAAGCAGGAUUUAAAUAAUCCUAAAUUUACUCUUACAUGUUUUUCUUGUUAUGAAUCUACUGUCUUAUAUUUUUAUUUAUACAACAGUAAUUCAUUUAAGAUUUUUAAACUUGUAGUUAAUUUAUGUAACUUACCCAGAGAGAAUAUUAUUGAGAUAGAAAAUGAUAAAGAUAUUUUAUUUAUAAUGUAUACAAUAACUGAUAGGUGUAAAUUACAUUAUAAUGUUAGUUGUGACAAAAUAAUUGAUUUUAGUCAUAUAAAAAGACAAUACAUUGAAAGUAAAUUUCAAGAUGAUUAUAUAAAUUAUAAUUUUACAUUUUAUUCACAAAAUUAUAAAAGACAUAGAAAUAAUUUAGAAUCUAAAUUGAAUAAUAGCAAAUUUAUUAAAGCAAAUAGCUGUACAUCUAUUAUAAACAUACAUGAUAACUAUUUAAGCUAUCAUUUUUGUAAAAAUAUAAAUAGUUGUUAUAGAGACACAAUGAUAAAAUGGAAUCAUUUAAGAUUUACAAGUAAUUUAUGUACUGUUGAUUUAAUUAUUAAAUUUACUAAUGAAUUUAUUGAACAAAAAGAUAAAUUAGAAUUUAUUUAUUUAUUUUUGUAUAAAAGAAUAAUUAAAAAAAAGGAUUUUAUAUUUAUUAUACAACAAUGUGUAUAG